AUGGACACCCGAGUCCAGGACUACGUGGACGACAAGCUGCAGUCUUCCGCAGACUUGGAAUCACUGGACUCGCUCCUGGAGAAUGUCAAGUCUCAGCAGGAGCUGCUGAGGAAGCAGGUUGGUCAAUACUCGUAGCACAUUCUUUCCUCAUGCAUGGUGCUGACCACGAGUAGCUCGAAGACGCUAGACGCGACUACGCCGAGGUGCAAGAGAGCGCCAAUGUCCAUACCGAAUCCGUGCAACGAAAGGCUUUAGCGUUCCAACAGGAACAGGAGGACAUCGAUCGACGGCUGCUGAUUGUCACUCAGUCCGAGACCAGCGAUGAAGCGGUGCAAAAAUUUGAGGAGAGUAUGGGGAGACUGCGCAAAUUAGACGUCGCUGCAGGAUACGUGGAGCUGCUGAAAGAGGUGGAUGCGCUGAAGACGGAAUGCGUAUCCAGGCUGGGAGAGGAUGAUGAUGCCGCACUGGAGCCAUACAACAGACUGCAGCACUUGGUCGCCAGUCUGAAGCCCUUGCAAGAUGCUGCUGAAGGCGCUGCUCCCCAUUUACUGGAUCACAUCGUUGCCAAUGUGCAGGAGCUUCGCCGGAACAUCCAGACGGCAUUUGCAGAGAACCUGGAGAAGACGCUCAGGAAGAUGAACUGGCCCAAAUCGCGAGACAAGAUCCCCCUAUCGUUCGAGAAAGAAUGGACGACCAACUUCGGAAGGCUACUCGACCUGCAGAAGCAGGAGCUGGAGGAUCGAGAGCACGACCACAGCCGAAGCCCGGAGGAAGACCCCGUGCCGCUUUUGCCGUUCGAAGUUCUGAUACAUCCUUUAGAGCAACGAUUCACAUACCACUUCUCCGGCAACAAACCCACUAAUCGUCUGGAUAAGCCGGAGUACUUCCUCAAUCAUGUCCUCGACCUCAUCUCGGAUUACAGCGACUGGAUCCAGGACAAUUCCCAGCCGGUCCUGUUACGGCACUUCCGGCGCUCAGAUAUUGCCUUUACUCCCGCUUAUAUUGAUUCGACCUGUGCUUUCAUCACGGCUCUCGUACCCAUGGUCAAGAACAAGCUGAAUACAGUGGCCGGGCAGUUGUCGAACCAGCCUGCUCUCCUCAGCCAUCUCGUUGAAGAAGUUAUCAAGUUUGACACCUCGUUGCAGGAUAUGUACGGCUACAGUCCAAGCUCACCUUCGAUACCUUGGCGCGGUCUCUCGUACUUCCUCCUAGACAGCCGUGGGUACUUUGAUCAAUGGCUCGCCGGAGAACAAAACUUCGCUCUGAAGAGAUAUCACUCCAUUAUCGAGUCACCCGAAUCUGCGGAGUUGGAUUUCGACGCGUUCGGAUCGGAGACCACGAAGCCUUCUAAAGCUGCUAUCUGCGUCAACGAUCUGUUGGAGACCAUCACCGAGCGAUAUCGCAACCUAUCCAGCUUCAGCCAAAAAGUCAAGUUCUUGAUUAAAAUACAAAUCGAAAUCUUUGAUCAGUACUACAAACGCCUCUCUGGCGGUCUCGAAGCCUACCAGACUGCCACUACCACAAUCGGACGCAGAGUGCAAGGCUUGUCCAAGGAAGAUCUUGCCAAAUUGGAAGGCGUGAACGGCCUCGACUACCUCUGCCGCAUUUUUGGUUCGGCUGAAUACCUGGAACGUGCGAUGCGAGAUUGGAGCUACGAUGUCUUCUUCCUCGAACUCUGGGCCGAAUUGGACUACCGCUCCAAGAACAAAGAUACCAUUAGCGGGAAACUCGAUUUUCAUGAUGUGCAGCAGAAGACCAGCUCUGCUCUUGGCGCAGAGAAUGAUGGUGGCCUGGAAGGUGCUCUUUUCGACGAGACGGCGGGAAACUACCAUCGAAUUCGCGACCAGAGUGAGGCUGCUCUGAACGCAACGCUCAAAUAUGACUUUCAGCAAGCUCUCAGACCAUAUGGAUCUAUUAGGACCUGGGCCUCGCUUUCGUCUAGUACGGCCGGUGCUUCGGUCUCUGCGGAACUAGAUCCCACUCUCCGCCUCCUCACGGAGUACUUUGGUUUUCUUCGCAAGGCGCUUGGUAAAGCUCCUCUGCGCCGGAUUAGCCGAGCUGUCUGUCAUGUCAUCGGAGACUAUGUCUGGGAUCAAGUUCUGCAGCGCUCUUCUUUCUCUACCGCGGGCGCCACGCAGCUGACCACGGACAUCCGCGCCAUCUGCUCCAAUCUGGAUCGAUACAUCGGAAAGGGACAGGCGCAGAUGGGAAUGCGGAAACUGCUGGAAAGCGUGACGCUACUCUCACUGCCAGUCCGAGGCGAAAUCCAGCGCGUGCAAGCAGGAAGCGAAGAAGACGAUGGAUCCGCAUGGGAGGAAACGAAUGGCGAUGGAGACGAAGGAGAGCAAGAGGGAAAGGAUAUGAGUUUGUUCCAGGUUGAGAGAUUGGUCUUCAUGGACAAUGAGAGUGCGAGACACGCCCUUGAACAACUUGGUCUGGAGACCUUGAGUGAGGGCGAUGCAAGGGCGAUUCUGGGGAGGAGGGUUGAGAUUUCGAGUUAA